AGCGCGCCUUCUCUUGAAUCACGCGUAUACGGAUCUGCCCACUCCUCUGCAUGGGAGACUCCCGCAGACCGCCCGGGAGCAAACAAAUUUCUCGUUAGAACUAGAACUCGGGGCGGCGCGUCCUGUAGCGCGUGCUUUGUAUUCAAUACGCCCCCGUAACCGCCGGGAUCAUGGAACUCGCCUGCCGUUCCAUCAUCCAUGACCAUGACCAUGACCACGCCUUCGGCCCUUCUCCUUCUGCGGCUCCCGUGCGGGCUCCGUGCGGCCGAGAGGCCAGUCGCCGGUGCCACCCAGAGCUUCCCGUUUAUCCGCGUCGCGUCUACAUGCGCAACGGUCAUCACACAGCGACGCUUCCCGCUGUCCCGAGACGUGCUUCUGCUUCCCGACGCGGACGCUAGCCGCUGCCAUGGGCAGAUGGCUCUUGCUGCGCAAUCACGGGAGAGCUGGAGGUGGGCGCGCUGCCCUGGCGAUCGCGAGGAAACUGGGAAGCGGGAGCUCGGGGGCAUUUGAGUGAGGGGGGCUGGGAAAGCACAUGCGCAGGGCGUGCCAUUGGACACCCUUCGCGUGUGGUUCAGGACUGGAGAUCCUUCUUUGAUUGGUGGAGAGCGGGCGAAGCGCUCAUCCAAGACGGGCGAAAGGAGUCUACUUCACUAUAGCUACACCGUGCCCCUGCGCGGGCGGGCCGAGAGUCUGGAUUUCAU